AUGGACGCGACCACACUCGACCACCCCUCUGGACCCUCCGAUGACUUCGAUCCGGGUCUAACCGACUUCAAUCCCGGGUCUGACCCGACCCUUUUUUCUUCUACUGGUGGUGGUGGUGGUGGUGCAAAGUACAAGCUCAUGUCCCCGGCCAAGCUUCCGAUCUCGAGGUCACCCUGCCUCACUAUCCCUCCCGGCCUCAGUCCGACGUCGUUUCUCGAGUCCCCCGUCCUCCUCUCCAACAUGAAGGCAGAACCUUCCCCAACUACUGGGUCCUUUUUGAAGCCUCAAAUGGUGUACGGUUCUCUGAGUUCUACUACAUAUUCAGCAAACACAAUGUGCUCUGAUUUCGAUACCUUUGAUGAAAGAAAUUCUGGAAGUUUCGAGUUUAAGCCCCAUGCUGGAUCAAAUAUGGUUACUACAGAUUAUAACCACCAGAGAAAUGACCAGUUAGUCCAAGGUCAAGCUCAGCCUCAAUCACUCGUGUCUCCACCUUUGGUUAAAAGUGAGAUGGCGGUCUCCUCAAAUGAAUUGAGUUUGUCAGCACCUGUUCACAUGGUCACUUCAGGAGCUAGUGCACCUGCUGAAGGUGAUUCAGAUGACUUAAGUCAGAGGGGACAUCCAAAUCCUGGGGUCCAAACAUCACAGUUUGAUCAUAAAGGAAGUGGGCCUUCAGUCAUAUCUUCUGAUGAUGGUUAUAACUGGAGAAAAUAUGGACAAAAACACGUUAAAGGAAGUGAAUUUCCUCGCAGUUAUUAUAAAUGUACCCAUCCUAAUUGUGAAGUGAAGAAGCUGUUUGAGCGAUCUCACGAUGGACAGAUAACAGAGAUUAUCUACAAGGGUACACAUGAUCAUCCUAAGCCUCAACCUAGUCGACGAUAUAAUACUGGUGCUAUGAUGCCUAUCCAGGAAGAAAGAUCUGAAAAGGCUUCCUCUUUGAUCGGCCGUGAUGACAAGCCAUCCAGCAUAUAUGGGCAAAUGUCGAGUACUAAUGAGCCAAAUAGUACUCCUGAACGAUCUCCUGUCACAGGAAAUGAUGAUAGUGUAGAAGGCACAGGUUCACUAUCUAAUAGGAUGGCCGAGGAGAUUGAUGAUGAUGACCCAUUCUCAAAAAGGAGGAGGAUGGAUGUUGGUGGGGUUGAUGUCACACCAGUUGUUAAACCCAUCCGCGAACCACGAGUUGUUGUUCAGACUCUGAGUGAGGUUGAUAUAUUGGAUGAUGGAUAUCGCUGGCGGAAAUAUGGUCAGAAAGUGGUGAGGGGAAAUCCUAAUCCAAGGAGCUAUUACAAGUGCACCAAUGCUGGAUGCCCUGUUAGAAAACAUGUGGAGAGGGCAUCCCAUGAUCCAAAAGCAGUUAUAACUACAUAUGAGGGGAAACAUAACCAUGACGUCCCAACUGCAAGGAAUAGUAGCCAUGACACUUCAGGACCAACAACUGUGAAUGUCCCAUCGAGGAUUAGAUCAGAAGAAAGUGACACCAUAAGCCUCGAUCUUGGUGUUGGAAUCAACUCUGCUGCUGAAAAUAAAUCCAACGAGCACCUGCAACUGCACUCUGAACUAAUGGAACGCCAAUCUCACACUAGUUCCAAUUUUAAGGCCAUUCAAACUACCCCUGUUUCAACAUACUACGGUGUUUUAAAUAGUGGCAUGAAUCAGUAUGGAUCUAGAGAAAAUCCAAGUGAAUCACGUAGCAUCGAGAUUACACCUUUAAAUCAUUCCUCUUAUCCAUAUCCACAGAACAUGGGAAGGGUACUAACAGGUCCAUAG